AGUAAACUUGUUCAAUUGUUAAUAUUUCAAUUUUCAAGACUAUUUUUGAAUAAUCUUUCCCUCCCCUAGGGUCCAAAGCACAAAACCCCCCUAUAAAACCAAUCCCAACCAUUACCCACCUAUCCGAUCAGCCGAAACCAAAAUAAAAUAAAAUCCAUUUCAUCCAAAAAAAACACUCCCCUAACUACACUCACCACUCUCACUCCCAAAAAAAAAACCUUCAAUGUCUCCCCUCUUCCUCUUCAUCCUCCUCCUCGCACUCUUCCCGCCGCCGUACACCGCCGCGGUGCACAAGCACAAAUCCCACGACAACCAAGCCCCGGCCUCGGACCUCGUCCGUACAUCUUGCGUCCACGCCAACUACCCCACUCUCUGCCUCCGAACCUUAGCCGCCUACUCGGGCCCGGCGCGGACGCCCCGUGACCUAGCCAAGGCCGCCGUGAACGUCAGCCUGGCCCGGGCCAGCCGGGUGUCGGAGUACCUUAACCGGAUGGCGGCGGACUUGGCGUCGUCCGGAUCGUCGUCGAAGAGGCAGAGGGCGGCGCUGAGCGACUGCGUGGAGCAGAUCGGGGACUCGGUGGAGGAGCUGAAGAAGACGCUGAAGGAGCUGGAGCACCUUAGGGCGGAGACGUUCCGGUGGCAGAUGAGCAACGCCGAGACGUGGGUGAGCGCCGCGCUGACGAACGAGGACACCUGCCUCGACGGCUUUCAGGGCGUCGACGGCGGCGGAAAGAUCAAGGCCGACGUCCGGCGGAAGAUCACCAACAUCGCGAAAGUCACCAGCAACGCCCUCUACAUGAUCAACCGCCUCGACCAGUCGUCUCGCCCCCGCCGCACGCCGUGAAAUCAGACUUCUCUAAACGACGCCAUUUUGCCGACGAAUUACUACUUAAACUACUCCAACUGAUCCAUAUGGUGAUUAGUACUGUGUGCGCCUGCUUUCUUCUUUUUUCUUAUUUGUAGCUUCUUUUUUUUUAUUAUUUUCUCAAGCUGUAUGUACCUAUGAUAUUAUUACUAUUCUCAGGUUAUAAAUUAUAAUGGUAUAAAUGUAACUAUAGGCACUCAUAUAUGUUUUCGGCCGCAAAUUAAUACAAUACUAAUGGUAUGCUAUUGAAGUUUUAUAUAUAAA